UACCACGAUAUCCUGGAUGCAAAUAAUAGGCAAGUAAAUGUUCAUCAAAAUCAAAUUUCUGGAUGGAUUUAUGGAAAAUGUCGUACAAGAUUGUCAGUAGAAAAUUUAAAUGCAAUUGCUCAGCUUCAUUCUUAUUAUAUUGCCAAUAAUAAAUCUGAAUUGUCAUUUUAUGAAAUUGGUAAAUCAGUUGAAGAUAUUCAACAAAUUUUAACUGAAGCAGAUCUUUAUGAAGAUAUUGAAGAAAUAACUUUUGAACAAGUUAUAGCAAAUGUAGAUUUAGAUAUGAUCGAUAAUGAUGAUAAUAGUAUUGCAUUUGAGGAAGAUAUUGUAUUAGAGGAAACAUUGAAUUUAUCAGAAUUACAAUUUUUACCAGAAGAGUCUGAGCAAAAUGAAAUAGAAUCUAAUAAUGAUAUGUCGCAAGACUUGGAUGAUAAUUGGUUAAUAGAUUUUGAAAAGGAGGAUGAUUAUGAUCCA